AUGGCCGACCGCCCGCCUGCCGGCGGGCGGCCCGGCGCGGCACCGGCUGCCGGCGCUGCGGCGGCGGCGGCGGCGGCAGAGCUACCGUCCGACGCCGUCGCCGUGCGCGGCGUGCUGCGCUCGAUGGGGGCAGAGGAGGCGGAGCCGCGGGUGCUGGCGAUGCUGCUGGACUUUGUCUAUUCCUACACAGCAGAUGUGCUGCAG